AGAAUGCGGAUUGAAGAGAAAUAUUGUAGAAUCUCCAAAACCAUGAGAUUGAUGAUAAUGUGAGUCACCAUUAACAGUUAUUUUUCCUCCGUUUUCCCAGAGAAUUGGGUGAAAAACCUCAGUAGUUGCAAAUUUGAGCUCCUUGUUUCAAUUGAACAAGGGCAUGGUCCUGGCUAUGGCCUCCAUUUUGAAGCCACCGCCUCUUGUGCCCCUUCACUCCCUAAAUCCAAACCUCCUCAACGCUUCACCAGUGAUCGUAUGUUUUCGUACGCACCCCAUGACGUCGUUUCACCAAUCCAUUCGUGCCCUAAAAACUGGCCCUGAAGGCAGUAGAAUUCGAAGCCACGAAGAAUAUAGUUCCGAUUUGCUGCGAAAACCGGUUGUUCCGCCGGCGAUUGACCUGGCUACCGCAUCGGAGGAUUACAACAGCAGUGAGGAGAGUGGAAACGGAGACGAGGAGGAAGAGGAAUGGGUUGACUGGGAGGACAGGAUUCUGGAGGAGACUGUUCCUCUAGUUGGCUUUGUUAGGAUGGUUCUUCACUCUGGAAAAUAUGAAAGUGGGGAUAGGUUGACCCCAGAGCACGAGAAGACAAUUCUUGAUCGGUUGCUUCCAUAUCAUCCCGAGUGUGAGAAGAAGAUUGGAUGUGGGAUUGAUUAUAUCACGAUUGGAUAUCAUCCGAAUUUUGAAAGGUCAAGAUGUUUAUUCAUAGUCAGAAAAGAUGGAGAGUUAGUUGAUUUUUCGUAUUGGAAGUGCAUGGAGGGUCUGAUCAGAAAAAACUAUCCUCUUCAUGCAGAAAGCUUUAUUCUUCGGCAUUUUCAGCGACGUAGACGCCAUUUUUUUCGGUAAUGAAUGCAAGAUCUGUUAAUCAUACUAUUGUAUCAUCCAAUUUCAGGAAUUCUUUGAAUUUCGAAGAAUGAAAUUAACCUACUACGCUUGUGUGGUUCUCGUGUUUAAUGAUUUGAAAUGCGCGAAUCAAGAAGAAUAUAGGCUGAAUGUAGACUCUUGCUCGAGGAAGGUGCUAGCAAAAUUCAAUAUUCGAGUCCUAACAGUUACCUCCAGUCCAGUUUUUGCUUAGUCUAUAGUGGUUAACUGGUUAGCUACAUUCCCUCGCUCUCUCUUUAGCAGGAAUAUAUGCUCAAGAUCCUUUGAACCUUGUAGCAUUUUGUAGUUUGGCCGGUAUGUAUUAAAACUCUAUUGAAUUGGCAUCAAGAACCCUUAAAUUCUGUAUGGAGUUCAUAUAUUAUGUUAUUGUGAGUAAGAAAAAAAUACAAUGGCGCCCAAAUGGGCAUAUUCUUGUA